AUGCAGUUGAAAUAUCUUCGAACAUUGCUGGAGGGUCAGGAGCAAAUUCAAAGGAUAGCCGGGUUAGCCUGGUCUCCCAACCAGCAAAAACUGGCCAUUGCCACCGCAGAUCGUCAUAUUCUACUUUAUGAUGAUGCUGGCGAAAGACGUGAUAAGUUCAGCACCAAGCCUGCAAAUCCCUCGAAUGGAAAGAACUCGUAUGUCAUACGGGGAUUGGCAUUCAGUCCGGAUUCCACCAAACUAGCAGUGGGUCAGAGCGAUAGCAUCGUUUAUGUUUAUAAACUAGGGGAAUCUUGGAACGAUAAGAAGGUGAUUUGUAACAAGUUUCCACAGGCCAGUGCGGUGACUGCCCUGAUUUGGCUCACUUCGGGUUCUAUAAUUGCAGGACUGGAGGAUGGCAAAGUACGUGCUCUGCAUAGCAAAAGCAAUAAGUCGCAAAGUCUCUAUGGAGGGGAUAGCAUCUGCAUUUCCUUGGCCUCCAAUACCAAGGGAACUGGCUUCCUGAGUGGCCACAAUGAUGGAACCAUUAUAAGAUAUUUCAUGACGGAUGAGGCCACAGAACCACUGGGCAGGGUGGUGCAGCACUCGGUGCCUCCAUUCGCAUUGGCCUGGCCACAGGGUGGAUUUUGCGUGGGUGGCUGUGAUCAGAGGAUUGUCUUUUACGACAGCAUGGGUCGCCAGCUGCGCACCUUUGAUCACUCCCGUACCGAAGGCGAACGGGAGUUCACUGUAGCCGCCUGUAGUCCCAAUGGACAGGCGGUGGCCUUUGGCAGCUUCGACAGGAUACGGAUCUUCGCGUGGAGUCCGCGGCAGGGAGCUUGGAGCGAGAGUGCCAGCAAGGAGGUGGCCUGUCUGUACACUUUGAGCAGCCUCCUCUGGCGAAGAGAUGGAGCCCGACUUGCCCUGGGAUCGGUGAGUGGAGCAGUGCUCCUCUUCGAGUCCGUCCUUCGACGCACCGUUUGGCAGGAUAAAUUCGAGCUGAUUUUCGUGGCACCCAGUCAACUUCUGGUGAGAUCCUUGACGGAACCCUCGCAACAGCUGACGAUUGAAUCGCAGUUGGGUCUGGAGAUCGAUGAUGUGAGGAUUAUGGGCAGGGAUAACUAUCUGGUGGCCCGCACCGAGGAGUCCCUGAUCCUUUGUGAUUUAACCCGAAACCUAAGCAGCGAAGUUCCCUGGACAGCCUCGGGUCACCAUGAACGUUUCUACUUUGAGAACCCCACAGUUUGCCUGGUCUUCAAUGUGGGUGAACUGAGUCUCGUGGAAUAUGGUGAAAAUUCUAUUUUGGGAUCUGUUCGCACGGAAUUUGUGAAUCCCCAUGUGAUCUCAGUGCGUUUAAAUGAGCGUGGGAAUGCCAGGGAAAAUAAGAAGCUUGCCUUUCUACUGGAUGCCAAAACCAUUUGUGUGGUGGAUCUGGUUAGCCGGAUGACCAGUGGUCAGAUCAAUCAUGAGACCAAGAUCGAUUGGCUGGAAUUGAGUGAGACUGCCCAUAAGCUGCUGUUUCGGGACAAGAAACUCCGGCUGAUCCUGGUGGAUAACUAUACGGGGAAGAAGCAAACCCUGCUCAGCAACAUAUCCUUUGUCCAGUGGGUUCCACAGAGCGAUGUGGUGGUGGCCCAGAGCAACGCCAAUUUGGCCAUUUGGUACAACAUCGAUUUGCCGGAGCAUGUGACCAUGCAGAGUGUUCGUGGGGAAGCCAUCGAGGUGCUCAGGGAAAAUGGUCGCACAGUGGUUCGAUCGCAGGAUGGACCGAGCGAACACAACUACCAGUUGGAUGAGGGCCUGGUGGAGUUUGGAACUGCGGUGAAUGACAGCGACUUCGGAAGAGCAGUCCACUUUCUGGAAUCCCUGGGCGACAAACCGGCGGCCAAGGCAAUGUGGCACAACCUGGCCCUAAUCUCCCUGGAGGAUGGCAAUCUCCGGGUGGCCCAGCGAUGCUAUGCUGCUCUGGGUAACGUAUCCAAGGCUUACUAUCUGGAAGGGAUGAUCCAGCAGGCGGAUGAGUUCGAGGCGACCUCGGGUUCUCCGGGAAUUCUCUGUCCCGAGGUGCGUGCCAAGAUGGCUCUGCUAGGAUCGGAUUUGCGCACGGCAGAGAGAAUCUAUCUGGAGCAAGGGGAUAUAGAAGCAGCCCUGAAGAUGUACCAACAACUGGGGAUGUGGGAUGAGGCAGUUUCCCUGGCGGAGAGAAGGGGCUACAAUCGAAUCUCGGAGUUGAAGCAACAGCACAUGGACUACUUGCUCAACAGCGAGCAGCAGGAGAAGGCCGGUCAGGUUCUAGAGGAGCAGGGUGAUCUCCAGCAGGCCAUGUCCUUGUUUUUGAAAGCUAACAAACCAGCAAGGGCUGCUCGAUUGGCCUUGAAAACUCCCCACAUUCUCCAAGAUGAGCAGGUGAUGCUGCAGGUCACCGAGGGAUUGGUGCGCUCGGAGCUCUAUGAAUUAGCUGGGGACAUAGCCCAUCGUUUAUCCCGACCAGAGGCGGCAUUAUCUCUUUAUAGAAAGGGAGGAGCAUAUGCCAGGGCCUUGGAACUGGGACGAGUGGUGGCCCCGCAGGAGGUUACAUCUUUAGAGGAAGAGUGGGGCGAUUGGUUGGUGGCUCGCAAGCAACUGGAUGCUUCUAUCAACCACUACAUAGAAGCGGGAGCAACCCAAAAAGCUCUGGAGGCAGCCGUGGGUGCCAAGCAAUGGAGGAAGGCGGUCCAGAUAGCCAAGGUCCUGGACGAACCCGAGCUCAUCCAGAGAUAUGCCACGGAUCUGGCCAAACAUCUCGCCUUUGCAGGGGAUUUGGAUGGAGCAGAGGACAUGUUGGUGAGGGCUAAUCUUUAUAAAGAGGCCAUAGAGCUACUGAAUCGUCAUGGCAAAUGGGAGCGAGCCUAUGUGAUUGGGGAAAAGUAUCUAAAGCAAGAUCAACUGAGGGACCUCUUCAUCCAACUCGCUGGAACGCUGGAGGAUCAGGGAAAGUACAGGGAUGCCGAGAAGGUCCUGGUGGCUGUGAAUGAACCGGAUCUCGCGAUAGCCAUGUACAAGCGAAGGGAGCUCUACGACUCGAUGAUUCGCCUGGUGGAGCGUCAUCACAAGGAUCUGCUGGACAGCACCCAUCUUCACCUGGCUCGCCAGUUAGAAUCCCGUGGGAAACUCAAGAAUGCGGAGCUGCAUUUCGUGGCCUCCGGGGACUGGAAGUCCGCCGUGCACAUGUACUGCUCCUCGAAUCGCUGGGAGGAUGGCUAUCGGGUGGCCAAGCAGAAGGGCACCGAGGGCGCCAGCCAGCAGGUGGCCUACAUGUGGGCCAAAUCCAUGCCCACCGAGAGUGCGGUUCGAUUGCUCAGCAAACUGGAACUUCUGGACACCGCAGUGGGUUUCGCCUGCGAUUCCGGUCAGUUUGAGUUCGCCAUGGAACUCUGCCGCUUCGCUGGGCGUUCCACGGAUGAGGUGCACCUGAAGAUAGCCAUGUCUCUGGAGGAUGAGGGCAAGUUCGAGGCGGCAGAGGCGGAGUUCCUAAAGGCCAAUAAACCUAGAGAGGCUAUUUUGAUGUACCAGCAUGCUGGCGAUUGGCAGGCCGCCUUGAAUGUGGCGGAGAAUCAUCUGCAGGAUGCCGUGGCUGAGGUGCUCAUUGGCCAGGCUUCGUCUGCCUUGGAAACCAGGAACUACAAGGAUUACGAGGCGCUGCUCCUGCGGGCACAUCGUGCUGAUUUGAUUGUGGAGCACUACAAACAGGAAUCGCUCUAUGAAGAUGCUUUGCGGAUUGCCGAGGAGCACUAUCCAUCGGCUCUGAAUGAUUUGCGGCGUCUGCAGGCGCAACUGCAACGUGGUCAGGCGCAGGCUGGCGAGGAUGCGGCAUCUGUAUCGAGGGGCUAUCUCCAAAAGGCAGCUGAGUUUGCCAAGAAGGAGCAAUUCCGCAAGGCAGCCGAGUGCCUCAUGCAGAUAGAUUCCUCGAAUGCCGAGGAUGCAGCCACUUUGGAGAGGGCUUUGCUAAGAGCGGCGGAGAUUUGCAAUCAAUUCCUGGAGGGCAAGGAUGCAGAAGAGUUGGCGGAGUCACUGGGACCGCGGUUACUCGCCAUCAAGCAAAUAGGACCCGCUGCUCAGCUCUAUUUAGCAGCCGAUUUGCCCAAGCAGGCGGUGGAUGUGUUCAUCAAAACGGAGCAGUGGAGCAAGGCGCGCCGUUUGGCCAAGGAGAUCGAUGCGGAUCUGCAGCUUCUGGCCUACGUGGAGCAGCAGCAGAAGGCGAGUCUGAAGCACGAGGGUAACAUUGAACAACUGGCGGAUAUUGACAUAGUUUCCGCCUUGGAUCUUCUGGCGGAGCAAGGACAAUGGCAGCGUUGUUUGGAGAAGGCCAAGCAGUUGAAUCCCUCGCUGCUCCAGAAAUACGUGGCAGUCUAUGCAGCUCAACUUAUAAGGGAGGGCAACUGCAUCACUGCCUUGAAUCUCUACCUGAGCUAUGGUGCUCCUCCCAUCGAGGCUCACUUUAAUAUUUACACGAGGAUCGCCUUGGAUUGCUUGGCUUUGCGGGAGGAGCAAACGGAGGCGGGUUUGGUGUGGCGUCAGUUGAGGGAUUUCCUGUUCCGCUUGCUGCAAUCUCUUAAAGGAAAUCCUGAGCAAUCCCAGUUCUCCGCCAGCAUGGAGCAGUUCCUUCUGAUAGCCCAUUACUAUGCCAUUCGAGCUGCUUGUAAGGAAGUUCAAGCUCUGCAACCCGUGGCCCUUCGUUUAUCCUUGGCUCUUCUACGCCACACGGAUCUUUUACCAGUCGAUAAAGGUUUCUAUGAAGCUGGGAUGGAUCUCCGCCAGGCAGGUCGCGAAUCCGAGGCCUUUGUGAUGCUCAAUCACUAUCUGGAUGUUUGUGAAGCGAUUGAAGAGGGUUCCGGACAGUUGGUGGACCAUUCCGAUCUAGCUAGCACCGAUUUUCCCAGCUCCGUGCCUUUGCCAGAGGAUAUCCAUCUGAAGAAUGAUCCCAAUCUCCACGAGGAGGUGCGUGAGUGGGUCUUAGCUGUAAGCAUGGAUCAGCAGGUCGAUCAGCAGCUUCCCACCGAUGAUCGUGGGCUGUACGAAUCCAGUUUGGCCUCCGGCGAUUUGCCCUGCAUGCUGAGUGGUUUUCCUGUGCGCGGUCGUCAGCCGGUGACCUUUCAGGCGUCCGCGAACCAAGUGAAUCGCGAUGUCUGGAGCAAGUUCUCGGUGGCCUUGAAGAUGUCCCCGGGAAGUGGGAUUUCCGACAUUAUAUCCUUCACCGAAAAGUGGCAGGGAGCUGCGAACUACGUGAUGCACUAA